AGGUGGGUGGCAGUGGACGUUGCUCUUCCUCGUGGAUGUGCGCAAAUGGAGGGAUGCGAUGGGGGUGGCCGUGCUGUGUUGUCGCGGACGAAGAGGACGGCUGUCGCGGCGGCUGCCGUUGCCGUAGUCUGUCGAUACGAAGCGGAGAGGGCGGUUGGCCGCAUGAAGGCAGCGCUUUCCAGGCGACGACACAGGCUUCUGCUGCAGAGGGUGUUAGACGCCCCGGACUGCAUCACGACUUCGGAGGCCGUGGUUCAGCUGUGCGCUGCAAUCGGCUCCGGUGUGCUUCCCAGGGCGAUGCCACGUUGGUGGAUGAGGCGGAGAACUGGCGGGACUUGGGAGGAUUUGCGGGUGUGCGUUGACGCGACGGAUGACUACUUCCGGGAAAAGCUCCGCAUGUCGAGGAGAGUAUUUAUGGAGAUCACCGAAGCCUGUGCGCCUCAUUUGCAACGACAGGACAAGGGCUUUCCCAACUGCCAUGGCGCAGUUGACUGCACACACAUCUACGUGGACAAACCAGCGAACGCUCCAAGCAAGAACUACUUCGACCGCAAGCACAGUUUCUCCGUCAUUGCGCAGGUGGUGGUGGACCUGGAUCUGCGUGUGCUUGACGUCUUCGUUGGCUACCCGGGCAGCUGCCACGACAUUCGGGUGAUCCAGGUGUCAAGUUUGUCGAGGCGCGCGGAAGAGGGGACGCUUUUUCGCGGGCCGCCUGUGACGCUGCCGGGAGGGGUGAGGACGAACGGAUACAUCUUGGGCGACAACGGGUAUCCUCCUUCAGAAUGGAUAGUGGUGCCGUACGGAGGAAUCAAUCAGCACCCGGACAAGGAAAGGUUCGACAACAAGCAGAAGGCCGCUAGAGGUGCUGUGGAGAGGGCGUUCGGGAGGUUGAACGGGAUGUGGAGGCUCUUCCUUCGGUCGCACAAGACGAACUUGGACACUCUACCGCAGCAGUUCACGGCCGUCUGCAUUCUCCACAACAUCCUGCUCGAUGCUGGAAUCGAGUUCGACGAGAACUUGUUAUGGGAGGUCGACGAGAACGGGGCGAGGCGGCGCGUGGACCUGGGGAUGCAUCGUCCACUACAGCCAGUGACGAUGCUGACAUCGACGGACGCCGCACACGCGCUCCACAAUGCCCUAGCGGAGCGAAUGAAACACAUCUGAUCGUGCGUGUCGCACCACUCUGCCUCGCGUACACAGACAGAAGCCGUGUGCGUCCGUCAUGGAGUCGCGAAGAAUGACGUGGAGUUAGCUCGCAGGGUUUGCAGCAGGCGGACGGCUCGUUUGUAGGUGUUUGUUGUUGUAGUCGACGGUAGUGUGCUUCUCCAGGUCGUGGGUGCUCGGCAGUGAAGCGGCUCAAUUGCCGUGGGUGAUCGACACUGACGUCGCUGUUAUUUUUUUUUCGUUGUUUAUUGAUGUCGUCCUUGCCGCGGCGGUGUUCCCGCGCAAAUGCGUGGGCAUGGGGAUGGGUAAUGUGGGGGUUUUCGGUGCUUGUUGGGUGGCGGCGCGAAGCAGGUUGACACCCCUCUAUUUCGCAUGUGCUUUGGAUCGCUGUUUUGCUUCAAAUUGUAAGAUAUUUGUAUUUUUUUAUAUAUUUGUGCGAGGUCGUCGUCGUGCGUCAUGCUGCUGUCCGUCUUUUGACGGCACGUGUUUUCUGUCCACCACAUGUAGCGUCUGUAAUGCAUUUUGUCUGUAGUACUCGGCGUUGGGUUGAUGCUGUUGGUGAAGCUUCGAUGUUGAACUGAUGAGGACCACGUGCAUGGAAUGAAAUGUAAUCAACAAACAAUUUUCUC